AUGAUGGAAAUGCAUGAGGAAUGUAAAGGAUUUGAAGUGGAGUUUCUCCGUAAAGAGUUGCGUGAUUUAAAAUCGGAGAGAGAGAAAAGUGAAAUGAAAUUAAUUCUGGAAAGAGGGAAUUUGGAAAUUGCCAAGAAAGAACAAGAGAUUAAAUUUUAUCGCGAUCGUACUCAGUUACAGCGCGAAAAGGUUGAGAAUAUACGCCAGCAAAUUUUACUGGAACAGAUGCGACAAGAAGAAGCAGAUGAAGAGAUUGAGCGACUGAAAGAAAUCUUGGAGGGAGCUAAAGUGACCGGAAAAACUGAACAGCAACUAAUUGUGAAGCGUUUGAAAGAUGUUCAACACAAAUUACUCAAUGCUCCAUGGGUUACAAAGCACCGCGAGAUGAGCGACAAAUUGGUCGCUUUUCGCAAACAAAUUGAGGAAUUUCAAGAAAAAAAGAAGCAGCUUGUGCAAUCAAUCAGCGAUAAAGAAGCUAUUCUGAAUGGAAGUGGCCAGUUACCAAUGAAAAACUUCUGUAUAGCCAUUGCUACAUUGGCCCUAAAAAAUCAGAGUAUAAUGAAAAAAUUGGCGCAGGAAUACUUGAAAAUUGCAAAGCUCUCACAAGAAUUAAAUCAUGGGACGCUGGAUAUUUCAUUAUUUUCACAAAAUAGUCCACGAGAAAGUCAAGUUGAACAAUUCGAAGAAAAAGUUAAGGAACCGCUAUUUUCUAAUGGGAAUGCUGAUGCGAAUGAACGUAGUGGAACACGAAUGUUUGAUUUCAUCCAGGAGAAAAAAGCUGAUGAAGAAACUCCUUUAUCUAAUAUUCAAACUGAAGACAAAAAUCGUCAAGGAGACGGGAAUGAAACUGGACAAGAUACAAUGGAUAUUGUCAUAUCAAGUUCAGAAAAUGGUCAUAUUGAGAAAGAUUUCAAACUUGUCGUCAUAGAUGAGGUUGAGAAAACAAUAGAAGUGACAAUAAAUGAAUCCGAAAGCAGUGAAGUACAUCAUAUUAACGACAAUAUGAACAACGAUGUUGUAUCGAAUGAAGAAAUGAUGGAUACCGGUGAAAAUAACCGUUUUCUAGAUGAUUUGAAUGUCGACUCAUCCCAAAUAUCAGAUAAGGAAACUGGAAAUGAAAAUGUUUUUGUCAACAAUUUUAUGGAUCAUCCCGAGGGAGUGGAAAUAUUGGGGGAUAGCGAAGGCGAAAAUCUUAUCCAUGAAGAUAAGGCAAAAUGUGAAUCGCCUCCGGCAAGUGAUAAGUUUCCAACUGACACUUUAGAACCAAGGAAAAUUUCAUCAACUGAUCUUGAUCCCACUAAUUUCUUUACACAGUUGACCAAUUUUAAUCCAGACGGAUCAGUGAAUCUAUCUAAUACAUAUUUUGGUGCGGAGACAGAUUUUGAUGCAUCAACAAUAUUUAACCUCUCUUCUAUAAUGAAUAAUCAGUCAGAAAAUGGCUCUGGUCCUAAUGACUACAUGACACUUUUUGAUGGCGUAAAUAAUGCAAUGUCUCAACCUAAUGAAGAUUUCGAAUUCAAUUUCGUUAGUUUAAGUUCUAAAAAGGAAGGCAACAAGCAAGAAGACAGCGACCAUUAAGUUCAGUCGUUAGAGUAUUCUGGCACCAGUUCAGUUUCAUCAAGUAUGGAAGAAGAAAGUGACAUACAUCAAGGAAAUUUACCUGCAGAGGUGAAUGAUCAGAAGAAUUCAGACGAUGCACGAUCACAAAAGCUACAAAAUCGAGAGAAACGCAUGGUUCAUGUCAAUCUCUUAACUGAUGAUCUUGUUGAAGAAACGGAUCGUCAGCUUGACCAAACACAAGCUGGAAAAUCUGUUUCGAAGGAGCCUGAUUCAGUCACAACUGAUCCAAUUCAUACUUUUAAUGAAGUGAUGUCUGCUCACUUCAGUCCAGCGCUAAAAGCUGCAAGGCAAAAGCCUAUGCCACACUUGCUGCAAGCUGGAUCAACUGACGCACAGACGUCCGAAACAAAUGUAAAAAAACCUGCUACUCGUGGAACAGUAUCUAACCAAUUUUCAGGAACUGAGAUUUCACCGCAUGAAUGCCGAUUCUUAUCAGAAAAUCUUUCGCCAGUUGCUACUAGUACUGGACGUAUGAAAAGAAACCGAGCACAAAACGAGCGGAAUACUGUGCCUGAUUCAUACUCAAACAGGAUUGCACAGAUAAAUCCUUACGGUCACAAUGGCAAAAAAUUCUUAGCAAUUUUCGAGAACUGUGAAAGUGACGUGCAAAGGCAGCAUAUAUAUUCUGUACCGAGACGGUCACGUAUUAGAAGCAAAAAGUGGAUAGCACCGCUUCAAAUAAAUGGACAUAAAAAUUUUCAACGAAGAAAGCGGAAAUCAUCAGUUAGUGUUAAAAUAGGCACUUAUAUCGAUCGAGUACUCCCCGUGAGGCCUUGUUCUUACUUUCGUUGGGGUAAUCAUUUUUUACAGUCAGGGAGUGAUCCGGGCAAUUACUUAUGGGCGGACACGCCAGCAGCAGACGGCCAUUUACAGCACGGAUACACACCUAAUUUCAAAGUUGUGCAGGCAUCGGUAGAUCCAGGUGUUGCAGGUAAGCCAGCUGUGCGUUCAUAA